UGAGAGAAGAAGUUCCUCCAGACAGAUGAAACUGGUUUCCAGCAGCACGCGCUGCUCAGGUCUGUCUCCCCAAACUCACAUGACGUCAUUUUAUAUCACGGCUGUCAGUUGAGGGAGAACGAGGAGAGGCCGCGCGUGCGCAGAAAACCUCGAGUGAAAAAAAAGAAAAAACCCACAAGUAUCGUCACGGCCCGGUGCAGCAGCAGCAGCAGCAGUGUGUCCACAUCACGAAGAGAGACACGGAAACAUCACCGCCUUUUCCAGCCCGGCAUCCCCACAAACCGACACCGAAACUCGACUGGGAAAACGCCAGCAGUGAGCCUGUCCUCCGGUGUCCACAGUCCCCCUCCUUCUCCUCCUCAAAAUGUCCGUGGGCAGUGACUUUGGAAACCCUUUAAGAAAAUUCAAACUCGUCUUUCUCGGGGAGCAAAGUGUUGGAAAGACGUCUCUGAUCACACGGUUCAUGUAUGACAGCUUUGACAACACAUAUCAGGCCACAAUUGGAAUUGACUUCCUGUCGAAAACCAUGUACUUGGAAGAUCGAACGCUUUCCCUCUCUGAACCCCAGGUGAGGUUGCAGCUCUGGGACACAGCGGGACAGGAGCGCUUCAGGAGCCUCAUUCCCAGCUAUAUCCGGGACUCCACUGUGGCUGUGGUGGUCUACGACAUUACAAGUCUUAACUCAUUCCAGCAGACGUCAAAAUGGAUUGAAGAUGUGAGAACAGAGAGAGGAAGUGAUGUCAUCAUCAUGCUUGUCGGCAACAAAACAGACCUGGCAGAUAAGAGGCAAAUCACAAUCGAGGAGGGCGAACAGAGGGCUAAAGAGCUGAGCGUCAUGUUCAUAGAGACCAGCGCCAAGACGGGUUACAACGUCAAACAGCUGUUUCGGCGUGUGGCAGCUGCUCUCCCGGGAAUGGAAAGUAUGCAAGAAACAAGCAAAGAAGGCAUGAUUGACAUCAAGUUGGACAAACCGCAGGAGCCCCAGACUACUGAAGGCGGCUGUUCCUGUUAAUACUCACCGUCCUGGAAAAAAACAAAACCAUCAUUUACACCACAUGCUUGUUAUGUCGCUUCCUAUUGGUUAACCUGCAGUUGACUUUGCACGUUGAGAAUCUGGCCUCCUUCACCUGACUGUCGGUCAUCGGUUGGAAACUAGCAAUAUGUGAAUUUGGUUCUAAAGUAGUGUAGCCU